AGCAGCCGCCCUGCUUGGAGCUGGACAGCGAUUUCUCGCCGUCCCCGCUUUCGGGCCCCUUCGCCGUGAGUGAAUUCUUGUUAUGGCAAUGCAAGUAUUGGGGCAAUCUGGUGGCAACAGCCUAUUUUCUAGCAAUACUAACCUUAACAUGGCACUGCCAAAUGACAUGUAUGACUUUUCUGAACUUUCCAAAGCUGAACUGGCAGCACCUCAACUUAUUAUGCUGGCAAAUGUGGCUCUGACAGGAGAAGUUAAUGGCAACUGUUGUGAUUAUAUGGUUGAUGAAGAAAGGCAAAUGGCUGAACUGACAACGGUGGGUAACACCAAUUUUUCAGACAGUGAUGGAGAAGGAAUAGAUGAUUCACAAGGAACAGAGAAUGACCCUGAAGGAAUAGAAGAUAUGGAUAUAGACCUUAUCUCUCCUGAAGUUCAUAAUGCAGAAACAACUGGACUAUCGGAGUCUACUGUUCCUCACUCUUGCAAUCAAGAAAAAGUCUUUUCAUUGGAAGCGCCAGAUGCUGCGGAGAGCAUAGAUGACAAAUGUAAGGGUUUGAAGAACAAACCAUUUCGUUGCAAGCCAUGCCAGUAUGAGGCAGAGUCUGAGAAAGAGUUUGUCCAUCAUAUUCGGGUACACAGUGCCAAAAGAUUCAUUGUAGAAGAAAAAGCUGAGAAACAUGGUCAGGUUAAAGAAACUGACUCUAGCACUACAGAGGAGGUUGAUUUUUCUAAGGGGCCUAUAAGAUGUGAUCGCUGUGGCUAUAACACUAACAGGUAUGAUCAUUAUCUGGCUCACUUGAAGCACCACAACAAAGCAGGAGAAAAUGAGAGAGUCUACAAAUGCACUAUCUGUACAUAUACAACAGUCAGUGAAUAUCAUUGGAAAAAGCAUCUACGAAAUCAUUUUCCACGAAAAGUAUAUACAUGCUCACAGUGCUCCUACUUUUCAGAUCGGAAGAAUAACUAUGUGCAGCAUAUUCGAACUCAUACAGGCGAGCGUCCCUAUCGAUGUUCCAUGUGCCCUUAUUCAAGUUCUCAGAAGACUCAUUUAACGAGACAUAUGCGUACUCNGAAGGGGGUGGGACCAGG